CACAAUGAAGAUGGUUAUCAUUUUGAUGCUCGCUGCUGUGACAGUUGCAUCUGUUAGCAGUUUUGUCUCUGCAGAGGUUGUAAAUAAUAAGGGCAUGUACUCAACAAAGUAUGAUAAUAUUGAUAUCAAUGCGAUUAUCAAAAACGACCGGCUACUUAAUAAUUAUGUCGGCUGCCUAAUGGACGAGAAACCUUGCACUCCAGAUGGUGCUGAGCUUAAAAAAAAUCUUCCAGAUGCUCUGGCAAGUGAGUGCGCAAGUUGCAGUCCAGCACAAAAAAAUAUCGCUAAUGUAAUGUAUCAUCAUCUGAUUGAUAAUCGUCCGGAUCUGUGGUCCAAGUUGGAGACUAAAUAUGACCCAUCAGGUGGUUAUAGAAAACGUUAUCUCAACCAGGACCAGAAUGAGGAAAAUGAAGAGGAAAUUAAGUCGACGACAAUGGCUAUUUAGUAACUUGGUAGUUUGUAAAA